AUGUCCUCCCGCAAUGGUGGUAUUCCAAAUCCAUCAGCAAUCACAAACGGAGACCGGACACACAAUCCCUCUCUUGAGCUGGAGCCAGGGAUGCUCUACAUUACCCUAUUCCGUAUGGAAAAGGACGGAACCUAUCACUGGGCCCUAGUCGUUGCAACUACCAAUCGGACUGGUAUGGUCUACCACAACACUAAUGACGGAGAUGGCUUCUAUCUUAGCCGAUUCCUUCAUCCGCAUUUGUUGAACUCGACAAGAUUCUUGACAGCCGUCAAGGUAUCAAGACUUACAGACUAUGAGCGCAAGUUUCACGAAGAAUUCCACACAAGGAUUGGCGAGGUUCCAAUAGAAGGUCAUACGUGCCGCACAUGGCUUCUAGAGGCUCUCUUUGAAGUUUCCGACCAGGGACUUAUUGAUCUCCAACCGAACAAAGCACAGAUAUCUCAGAUCGAGACUGAGGCACUUGACCAUGCCAUCAGGGCUGCCAGGAGACGGGGGGUGGCCACAGUCGUUACGAGUUUUUGCUUCGAAACUUAG